AUGGAAACAGGAGGUUUUGCCCUUCAGAACUACAAUGUUUCCUCAUCCCACCAAAGAAAAAUUCUUAUGGCUGCUAAAGAUGCUUUUACUGAAAUUCUUAAUCAUACAAAAACAAUUACAAAUGGAAAAAUUGUAAUUGCAGACUAUGGGUGCUCAGAAGGCAAAAACUCAAUGGAAUUCCUAUUUUUCACUCUCAAAAAAUUCAGAGAAAAUUCAUCACAGUCAGUAUUUAUUAUCCAUAAUGAUUUACCUGAAAACGACUGAGUGAAAGCCUAUAAAACCCUAUUAGAAUCUCAAGAAUCCUAUAUAAAAAUCCCUGAUGUUUAUUUUUCAGCUAUAGGAAGGUCCUUUUAUUCACAGAUUUUGCCUAAUAAUUCCUUGCAUAUUGGGUUUUCUUCAGCAUCAAUCCAUUGGCUGUCCCAGCCUUUGUGUGCUCCAGAUCAUGCUUUCCCAUCAUCUUCAGACGAUUUAGGAUUCCUUGAAACUGCUUCUAAUAUAGCUCAUAAUGAUUUAGUCACUUUUUUAAGACAUAGGCACCAAGAGUUAGUAGACUCAGGCAGACUUCUAUUGCAAUUCGGCGAUCGCAAUGCUAAAGAUACCGUCCUCACUAUGAUUUUACAAGCAGCUUGUGAAAACCUAUGAUUUUUAAGUCUUUUUCUCUAAAAAAUAUUUUCAUUUAAAAAAAUAAAUAUAGCUUUUUGCCUUGAGUGGCGCGGUAUGGGCGCCACUUCGGCAAGCUCCUUCUUCCAGUUGACCGAGCCAACUCAGCUUGAUUCGACCAACUGGAGAAUUGACAAGUGAGGCCUUUUGGGGAGACUUGUCAAUUCUAGUUGGCCGAACCAACCUGAGUUGGCUCGGCCAACUGGAAGAAGGAGCUUGCCGAAGUGGCGCCCGUACCGCGGCACUCAAAGCAAAAAAGCAUAGUUACUAUAAAUAAAUAUAUAUAAUAAAGGAAUAAUCACAGACGAAGAAAAAAGAAAAAUAACGAUACCGAUGUAUAGGAGAAGUAAUGAAGAAAUUAUAAGAGCUUUAGAUGAAGUUAGUGGAUUAUUUAGAGUAGUUUCAAUAGAUAGAAUAAGGACUGAAUGAAAUACUAGUGAUAGUGAAGAGGAAUGAAAAGAAAGUGUAAAUCAGGUGAAAAAAUUUAUUGGGAAUCUGAUGAGAAUUCCUAUGUCUAAAGCUAUCAAUAGGUCUGGAGAAAAUUUUGAAGCCAUUUUUCUAGAGUUUUCUAAAGAAGUGGACAGCCUGGCUGAGUCUGCUUGUGCCGAAUAUUGCAUAGCAACUUAUCAUUCAAUAGUAUUAGAAAAAAUAAAAUAA